UUUUUUGUUUAGCACGAGAUUGGAAUUUUGGAAUUGGAGCCCACCCCGUACAACUCUUUGUUUUAUCAUUUUCUAUCACGCGCAUAGCCCCAUUGCACCAGAUACGGCUCUCACUGGACCUUUGUUUCUCCUUACGAUUUCAGCUAACAAUAUUUAGUUUUGGGCAUUUGACUCACAAAUGCGUCACUUUUCUCUCGAGUCUGUAUGUUCUUGAUUCCGAAUCCUCUAUUUAUUUAAUUGAACUUACCCAAAACAGUGGUUUGAUUCUUCGCAGUUUCUCAGAACUGUUUCAAUGGGGAUGACUGGAUUGUUUGACCUCGAGAAGCAUUUCGCAUUCUAUGGGGCUUAUCAUAGCAACCCUGUAAACAUAUUCAUACAUAUGUUGUUUGUUUGGCCAAUCCUCUUUACAUCUCUUGUUCUUCUUUACUUCACACCUUCUCUUUUCGGCCCCCCUCACGUUGAAUUCUCUCCUUUCGGGAGCAACGUUAAUUUGGUUUUCAAUUUCGGGUUCUUGUUAACUUUGAUCUACGCGUUGUUCUACAUCGCCUUCGAUAAAAAAGCUGGUUCCUUGGCUGCCCUUCUCUGUUUCUUCUGUUGGGUCGGGAGCAGUUCUCUUGCAACCAAACUUGGCUAUUCCCUUGCUUGGAAGGUUGUUCUGGCAGCGCAGUUGUUCUGUUGGACUGGACAAUUCAUAGGCCAUGGGGUCUUUGAGAAACGGGCACCUGCCCUUUUGGACAACCUUGUUCAAGCCUUUUUGAUGGCUCCUUUCUUUGUUUUGCUAGAGGCUCUUCAAAUGUCCUGUGCUUAUGAACCAUACCAGGGUUUCCAUGCAAAUGUGAAAGCAAAGAUUGAUGCUGAAAUCAAAGAAUGGCAGGCUAAGAAACAGAAGAAGAUUUCCUAGUUUGGAGCUAGGGUGUCAAAGCAGAACAUUUCCUAUUUCACAGUAGGGGAUAGUCUGCAGUGAAUACUAGUUGCAUAGAGUUGUGGAUCCUUCAUCUAUGUUCAAUUGCAUCCAUGAUAGACUAUAGCUUCUGUACAUCAGGAGAUAUACCUUAUGAAAGCAACAUACAGGUUUCAUAUAAAUAUGGUGUUUCAUAUUGCUUGAAAAAUUGCAUUCUGGAUAUAAGACAUACAAAUGGCACUAACUAUGGCUGUUUGAGUCAUUGGAGAUUCUAUUAGAGAUGCGUAGGGAGAAAUAUAAUAAAUAAAAGAUUACAAUCAUCUGAUCUGGUUAAUCCUUGGACCUAGGAAAUCUAUUUGAUGGGAUGAAAACAUAACCUUCUGGUUGUAGUAAGGUAAGCUCUGUUUUAUCCUUUUUUUUCAUUUUCAACAAAUAAUAUGUAUUAAUUCAAAAGGGUGUA